AUGGAGAAACCUCCAACCCUGGACCUUUACGACGGGACCACAGAUCCCGACGAUCAUAUACGGAGCAUCGAAGCCGUCAUGGACUACCAUGUGGUCCGAGGAUCCAUCAAAUGUCGGAUCUUUCCGACCACACUCAGAAAGGGAGCAAUGACCUGGUACAGGAAUCUUCCUCUCAACUCCAUCCACUCCUGGGCAGAACUCAAGAAGCUCUUCUCCAACCACUUCAAGGCCUCUCGCCGACAACCGAAAUCCGAAGCGACCCUCGAAGCUGUCAUCCAGGGUACCGACGAGCCUCUUCGGGAAUAUCUCGACAGGUUCAACAAAGAGGCCGUCCAAGUGCAGACGACCGACCAUAUGAAAAGGUACCUCCUCGAACGAGGACUCCUCCCUGGGAGCGACUUCAAGAAGGCCAUCAAAAUUGAGAAGGUGCGCACCAUGGACGCUCUCCUCCUCAAAGCCCAAGCUUAUAUUGCUUUCGAGGAAGGCAAAGCAGCCGUGAAGAAAGCCUCAAGAGGCAACGACACUGCCCGCAGCUCGAGCCGAGGCCAUGAGAAAAGGAAAGAUGACAGGCCCCGCGACACGAAGGAACACAGGGGACCAUCUGGUCGUUUCAAUGACUACACCCCACUUGAACGUCUCACGCGAGCAUAUCCUGCUCGAAUGCCAGAGCAUCGAGUUCAAAAAUUCCAACGUUAA